CAACAUGGCGGAGCGGAGAGAGCAGGAGGAUCUCUGCGCCUCCAGAUGCACAGGCUCACUGCGCACGGAUGAUGAAUAUCUCGGCAAUGCUCCUUCUCCUGGUACAUGGGAAGAAGAUGGUGAUGCGAGUGAGGAUGAGAUGGAUACACAAGGCGGUUGGCAACCAGUUCUAUCCAGAGACUCUUCUCCUGAGGCACUAGACUUCAGCACAACCAAUCGAGCUAAAGCUGAGAGAAGACUUGAACUGUCUGUGACUGUGAAUGAAAGUAGCUUUGGUCAGAGUGACUCAUUUGGGAGGCAGAGUGAUGUUUUUAAAAAUAAAGAGCAAACUUUAUUACAAAGAGGACAUUCUCUGUUAGAUGAAGAUCAAAAUGACUAUAUGAGCUCAAGUGAACUUGUUGCUGUGCCUUUAGGGGAAGAUAAUGACAAUGAAGUUGACUUUGAUCCAGUGGACAGUCCAAGGAUUCAGCACACUCAAACUAACCAAAUUACUCUUAGUGAUAAUUUCGAAGAAGGAAAUGGAGUUGAACAGGGCAUAUUUAAUGAAGCUGAGGUAAAGAGGAGGAAGACUGAGCUUGAUGAGCUAAAAUAUAGAAAGCAACCAGUUGAAAGCAAACAUAAUGAAUAUGCAUCAGAUGGUGCAAACAGUUUUGAGAAGGACUUGCUGUUAAAUGAUUGUGACAGGCGCUUUGAAUGUGAAGAUGAGAAUCGGGACAUUCACAAAACAACUUUGUGUAAUGACAGUGAAAGUAAUUUGACUUUGCAUAAAACUGAACUAUUUAAUAUUGCUGAAAAUGGAGAUGCUAUUUCGAGAGCACGAAGUAAGCUUACUAUGGGUGAAGAUGAAAAGUCUGCAGCGUUAUUACGCAAAUCAGUUAUCCUAAAAGAAUCUGUUGGAUUUCCAAUAAAAAGAUCAGAAAAGAAAGACUUUAUGUCAGAGACAAGGUUAGCAAUUAAAGAUUGUUUGCCAACAAUGGUUGACUGUCUUGCGAGAGGGGCUGUGGAAAGACAUGGGGAAUCUGCAAGGACUGAAGUCCUGGAUAAAGGAAAAAUUGAAAAGAAUCGAAAAGUGCCUCGGCAUGAAGAUUUAUCUGCAGAUGAAACACAAGACAUUGAUGGAAUUGAAUCAGAAGCAACUAUAACAGCAAUAACAGCAUCUCCUGUGGAAAAGAGUUCAAAUUUACACCGACAUACUGAAGCUCUUAAAAGCACUUCCAACUCAAUUUUUAUGCCGGGUAUGAAAAUAAAAGAUGAACCUUUAGAUGAAGGGUAUGAGAAAGCCUUGGCACCACAAGAAGGUGCAAGAAUUAAGGACGAGCCUGAUUCUUUACAGGGAUAUGGCCAACAUUCCAAGUCUCAGGAGUCUGAUAUCCGAAUCAGUGCAGUGUUUUCCGUGAGUGGUAGUCCACUUGUAUCCCAAUUGGUACAGCAAAAUACGUCAAAUGCUCUCAACACAGCAAAGUCACCUGCAGGUGGCAGUGGGCAGACAGCUUCAGCUCCUAUGAGUGUGCGGGUCACUUGUUCAGGAUGUAAGAAGAUUUUAAAGAAGGGACAGACUGCCUAUCAGAGGAAAGGUUCAACCCAGCUGUUCUGUUCCACCCUCUGCCUUACUGGACUCUCAGCAUCGACUCCAAGACUUCUCCCUCCUCCGAAAAAAUCCUGUUAUCUCUGCAACAAGGAAAUCACGAACUUAAAAGAUCUAGUAAUGGGUCAGAUUGAUGGCAGGGGUCCGUACAAGGAAUUCUGUAACCAUAACUGCUUAUUUGAGAUGAAAAGAAAGUCUGCUUCAACGACAAAUAAUAUCACCACCAAAUGCAGCAUUUGUCAGAAAGUGUCAGUUGUCCGCCAUGAAGUGAACUACCAGAAUGUUGUACACCAACUUUGCAGUGAUAUAUGUUUCUCUAAGUUUCGAAUGGCCAACAAUCUCACUAUGAAUUGCUGUGAUAACUGUGGCGCUUAUUGUUACAGUGGGUCUGCGCAAUGUCACAUGCUUCAGACCGAAGGGCAGUGUAAGAAAUUCUGUGGUUCAGCCUGUUUGUCUUCAUAUAAACAGAAAAAUUCAAAGAUUACUCCCUGCACCUGGUGUAAAUGUCUGAGGUCGUCAGCUGAAAUGAUUGAAAAUACAAACUCUUUUGGAAAAGCUGAACUAUUUUGCUCAGUCAACUGCCUUUCCGCAUUUCGAGUGCAUGUGGUAACUACACAAGGUAGUACUAGUGUUCAAUGCAAUUACUGUAAAGUGACGAUGACGCCUCAGUACCACCUUGCUAUGUCAGAUGGUAGUAUUCGGAAUUUCUGCAGUUAUAACUGUGUUGCAUCAUUUCAGGGAUUAUUCAGUCAGGCUGCUCCAGGCUCUCAAGCUGUUGUACCCCUAUCUCAGGGUCAGUUGGCAGUAAACAUUCCAACAACUGCUUCAGUAGUGGCUGGUGCUCCUGUAGUUUCUUCAACUUCUGUCACUACAUCAGCAGCAGCUGGGUUACAGAGACUUGCACAAUCCCAGCAAGUGACUGUGGCUCGUUCACUAAUCAGGCUGAAGUGUCAGUAUUGUCAGCGUUUGUUCUCCUCUAAGCCUGAGCUGCUCGAGUACAAGGGUAGAAUGGUUCAGUUCUGUGGAAGAUCUUGUUGUGAUGAAUACAAAAGGAUCAAUUCUGUGGUUGCAAUAUGUGAAUACUGCCGGUCAGAAAAGAUUGUUAAGGAGACAGUAAAGUUUUCGAGUGUUGACAAGCCAUUUUGUAGUGAAGGUUGCAAACUUCUUUACAAGCACGACUUGGCAAAACGUUGGGGACUUCACUGUAAAUCUUGUAGUUCCUGUUCGCAGUCAUCAAAACGCCUACUUAACCAGCAGUUUGGAGGGAAAAUCGAAGAAUUUUGUAGUGAAGAAUGUUUAUUCAAGUUUACUGUGCUGUUUUAUCAGAUGGCUAAGUGUGAUUGCUGCAAACGUCAAGGUAAACUAAAUGAAUCUAUUAAAUGGCAUGGACAAACUAAACAUUUUUGUAACCUUCAUUGUGUCCUUACAUUCUGCAAUCAACAUCACUUAGCAGAAACAGCACCUCAAGAGGGUAAAGUACCAGUACCAAAUCUUCCUAGUGUCCAUCGAAAGGAGUCUACUCCUGUUAUAGCAAACGUGAUGUCGUUAGCUAACACCCCACCAGUACAGAAUGCUGCUAAUUCAACAACAAGUUUAAAUGGAGGAACUCGUACCACUUCAGGGACUCAGGUCAGCACUCAGACAGACCCCAUUCGGUUACAACCUUCUGCACCACCUAAGGUGCUCAAGAAUAAAGCACUACUCUGUAAACCUAUCUCACAGACCAAAGCAACCUCCUGUAGGCCCCAUACUCAGACCAAGGCUUGUCAGACAGAAGAGGACUGGAAGCAACAAGUGAUUGUGUUACCUAUCCCUGUGCCAGUCUAUAUUCCUGUGCCUCUGCAUCUUUACUCCCAGUUCACACCAAUACCAAUAGGGAUGCCUGUGCCUCUUCCAGUUCCGAUGUUCAUUCCAACAACAUUGGACAGUGCAGACAGAAUAAUUGAAACGAUCCAGGAAAUAAAAGAGAAGAUUCCCUCAAAUCCCUUUGAAGCAGAUCUCUUAACAAUGGCUGCAAUGAUUGCAGAAGAGGAGGAGAAAGAGAAAACUAUUUCACAUGGUGAUCAAGGUAGCACGUAUAGUGGGGAUCUUGAGUCAGAGGCAGUGUCUACACCACACAGUUGGGAGGAUGAAUUGAGCAAUUUUAACUUGAAACAGUCUCUCACAUCCGCACCUGUACCUCCACCUCAACCACCAGCACCAGCAACUGAGCCAGAGAUGCAAUCAUACCACAUUGAAGGAGCUGAGGAUGAUCUGGAAGCAGACAUAUCAGUAGCUACCUUUGAAUUGUCACGACGUGACCGAAUGGCAACAGCAAGACAGCACAGAGCAAGGCAACGUGCAAAGAACAAAGAAGGCUUCCCUCAACCAAGAAAACGGGGAAGGAAGAAAUCUAUUGUGGGGUACAGCCGAGAUGUUGUACAGGAACCUGUAACUGGAGGAAGUGACGUUGGUCUGUUUCUAAAGUAUAUGUAUGGUGUGAAGGCUUGGAAAAGAUGGGUACAAUUUCGGAAUGAUAAGGGAGAUCCCACAGAGGAGCUACGGUUUGGAUCUCGACCAAUUAAGCUAAAGGAGGACAUUCUUUCAUGCACGGCUGCUGAGCUCAGUUAUGGAUUGUGUCAGUUUAUUCAAGAAGUACGGAGACCAAAUGGAGAAAAAUAUGAGCCGGAUAGUAUCUUCUACCUUUGUCUAGGAAUUCAACAGUACAUAUUCGAGAACAGCCGCAUUGAUAACAUCUUCACAGAUCUUUACUACACAAAAUUCACAUCAGAGCUUACAAAGGCUCUGAAAUUUUGGCAACCGCAGCUUCUGCCAAGUGGCCAGUUAUUUUGUCGCAUUGAAGAGGAACAUUUAUGGGAAUGUAAACAACUUGGAGCAUAUUCCCCAACAGUUCUUCUCAACACUUUACUGUUCUUCAACACCAAGUACUUCCAGUUGAAAAGUGUCAGUGAACAUAUGAAGCUUUCUUUUGCUCAUGUUAUGAGAUGUACAAAGUCUUUGAAACAUAACACAAAGUUGACUUACCUUCGAUUCUUCCCACCUAUGUACAAAAAGGACAAAGAUAUAGAUAAGUUACAAUUUGGAAAGAGGAAGCGCAGUGAUGAGGAGGAGGAAGGUGCUAUGGAAAUGGCCGAAAACACAGAUAAUCCACUCAGAUGUCCUGUGCGCCUCUUUGAAUUCUACCUGUCUAAAUGUUCUGAGAGCGUGAAGUCAAGGAGCGACGUUUUCUACCUUCAGCCUGAACGCUCAUGUGUGCCUGACAGCCCCAUGUGGUAUUCAACUUUACCAACUGACCCUGCCAUUCUGGAUGCCAUGUUAACCCGUAUCCUCAUGGUGCGGGAGGUUCACGAGGAGCUUGCAAAGGUCAAUCACGAGGAAGCUGAAGAGGAAGAUGCAUUUGAAUGAACUAGAUUUUUAUCCAUUUUUAAGCACUGAAUUUUAGAAUGCAUGUAUCCAUGAAGAGUUAACAGACUGCUUGGAAUAUAGCAUACUCUUCCUCUGGGUAGAUUUGGGGGACAGGAAGGGGAGGGUUGAUAAACACACUGGUCAAAAGAAAAAAGUAGAUGUUGAUAAUUAAGUUGACAGGGAAUCUUGGUGCUUUUAAACAAUUAAUUUUUUUUGUUUGUUUUUAAAAAACACAACUGAUGUGGAUUUGUUUUUACCCCACACUGAGUCACUGGAUUUUCGUUAUGAAAACCAAUGUCAAACAAAUUCAAUUUUGGGGGAAAUGGGAAAAGGGGUGGGGGGGGUGGGGCGGGGGACGCACGCCGAGAGUAUUUAAGUGGCAAUACUACCAUUUUAGAAUGUUACAGCCGAGUUUGAAGGCCAUAGAGACAGUAUUUUGCCAUUUAAACGUUAACACCUAUCAAUGAAAACAUGACAUUUAGUUCCUAGAUUGCUGUUAAUGUGAAUUUUUUGUUUUAAAAGAAAGCAUUGAAAUGCAUCUACUAACCCCUUGUUAAAAUGUUCUGUGCUCACAUUUCAUUUAGAGGAGAUCCGUGUGCUGUAAGUUUAGAUGUAGAUGUGCACAUGAGUAUAAAUUUGUAUAUUUUGAAGGUGAUGGGCAGCUAAAAGGAUGUUGUUAUAAGUUUAGGUUCUUGCCGAUAUGUUUUUGUACAUACAUUUUAAUUACAUUUAUAUCUUUACUGUGUAUAAAAUAAUUGCUUAUGUGAAGCCCUGUCAGACUUUACAUACUGCAGACUCAUUACAUUUGUAGAAAAACCCAAUGUACUCCUUGUUAUAUAAUACAGAUUGCAUUGUAGUAAACAGGCGUUUGUGUGAAAGUACCUUUUACCUCUACCUUAGCCGAGAAACGCACUGUUCCCCUUUUGCAUAUACAAUGGGUAACUUGAAAGAAGUUAAUACACUAGAUACCAUUGUGGGUUUAGUUUUGAAAAAGACAUUUUAUAUAUGGAAGUUGCUGUGAGCUAGACACAUUGAGUUUUUUUUCAUCGAGGGAUUUAAUGCCCUUCCUGCUUCACUCUAAACAAAAGUGCACCAUUUCUUUUUACUUACAAGUCCCCAACCCUGGCAAUGAUCAGGUGGUAUGUCUGCUGCUGGACUCAACAACACAAAUAGAUGAUAUAGAAAAGUGAUGAAGAGGAAACUUGAUUUAUUUUUAAACAUUUUUCUCUGUCCUAUCUUGGGAAUACGCAUUUGGCUUAUGGUUUUUGAGGUAAAUCCAGUUACAGUCUCAAUAGUGAACUAUGUUAAGAGGAGCAACACUUUGGAGGAUUAGUGCUGUAGCUGGACCCCUCUCUCUGAUUCUCUUUCACCAUGGCUUAGCGUUGAGAACACUGAAUCACUGAAUUUAACCCUUUUGGAACUAAACAAAAUUUGUUCCUUCGUUCUGUGGCACUGUAUCUUGGUGAACAUAAUUUCAGUUUCAUUUCAGAUGAAACCUAUGGAAUAAUAGGUUAGGAAUAGUCCCUGAAUCAUAGUUUAAAAUCUGGGAAUGUAACUGAUUUGGGGAAAUUUUCUACGUCAGUACCCCGACAUAUGCUAAUAGCAUCUAUCCAAAUCUUUUACAUACCUAUAACAUUUCAUCUGUCAAUCCCAAUGAUAGAAAAGUCUCCUCCAUAAUACACGGAUUUGUCUGUUGCCUGUGUUUUGUAGUGUUUUGUCUUCUUUCCCAGUGAAUGUCUUAGCAUAAAUUGAAAAACAAGAUUUUCUACUUUUUUGCAACCAGUGUUAGCAUAAAGCCUUCUCUGGUUUGGGUAUUCAAUAGGUUAAGAUACAGGGUGAGACUCCAUUAUCCCAAAAAUGUGCCUUAACCAAUUUCUCGAAGAGCAUCCCUGCUGCACAAUGUAAAUAUUCCAUUUUCAAUCAUUAUGUAACAGUGCUAACUUAGUGUUAAUUUGUGCUAAAUUCUGAACACUAUUGUGCUGUGGGCUUGCACUGGGUUGAGAUUGCCUGAAUUUGUUUUUUUUUUCAGGCCACUGCAACCUACAGGAAUGAGGAGGCAUUCACACCAAAAUCUGGCUGGAGUCAAAUCAGAUCUUGGAGAUAAAGGGGGUAGUGUUUCUAGCCUAUUGCGACAUCACAUCCAGCUGCCAGUGGUCAUCUUAAAAAUUGCAGUGUGCCCCUCAUUUACCACCCCCCAAAUCAUUGUAAAGCUGAAGGCGAGUAACUAAAAAAUUAGUUGAGUACAUUUUCUGAAACCUUUUGAGUUAGGAAAAAUGAUGAGGUCAAGUGUUAGCAGAAUGGGGAAGAGUAACCUUGGUUUGGUUUCAGACUUUGGCAUGUUUAGAACAAUUCUCAAACAUUAUCACUAUGUAAUGAGCGAUCCUACAAUGAUCAGGUUUUAAAUAAGACUGUAUAUGUUAGAAGAUGCUAUAGUUCAUUCCAAAUAGAACCAGCAGUUCUUUUCUAUUCGUUAAAGAGUAUAAAGCCUUUUAAUGGCCUAAAAUAAGUGACUGUUAUUUUAUAAUCAUUGCAUUUUUCCAUAUUUCAACUUUGUUCAGAUGAUAUUACAGUGCUAUAAGUACAUUUCAAAAAGGCGCUGUCAUGUUUUUCUUGUGGAGGGGUUUUUCAGGCAGGUUGAAUAUGUGAAAUGACCAGGAACAACAUUCUGAAAUCCGAGAUGAGAACCUGAGUAUCCAGGAUCAUGGUGCUACAGGAAUAUUUUUGUUUUAGUGCAGUACUACCUUUUUCAAAAAAAAACUUUUUAAAAGGCAAAAGACUCUGUGAUCGUGGUCUAGAUUUUUAUUUUAAAACACUUCUAAUCACAAAACUGGUAUAAAGUGCAAGACAUUGUAUCAAACGACUAUGCCCCUUUAAUAAAAUAUUUAUCAGUAAGAACUACAGAAUUCAGCUGCUGUCAUUUAUGAGCCUUUUUAAAGUUUUUAGUCAAACCUUAAUUCAUCUUAUAGUAAAUGAACAAAAAUAAGUGAAUAUUUAUGUUACCUGAAUAAAAAUUCUCUUUUUUUUAAAUCUA